AACAUCGGCAUCUUCUGCCAGGUACGCGUGUUCCUCUCUAGAUCCGUCGAUUCAAUGCUUGAUUUCACGCUUUUCCGCCAUUCAAAUCGACCCAGUUUUGACGUCGCUCGAUGCGUGAUCUUUGAUUGUGUUCAUAGUUCCUCUUGUUGAGUUUAGUUUGAGAGUUUCUGAGUCUUAACUGAAUGUUAUGAGUUUGCCAGAUUUGGCCAUCUUGUUUGUGUAGCUGCAAGGCAUCUUGGCUCAUAAAUUUCAUUUUUCUGAAAUUGUGGUCAAAUAUGGGACAUUUUAAUCCACAACCUGGAAGCAAUACAUUUCAUGGAGAGUUCAGGGAUUGUCCUGUUAAGCCUUCCAGAGGUGCAUUGGCAUGUAUGAUUAAUGCUGAAAUUGGGGCUGUUUUGGCUGUCAUGAGGAGAAAUGUAAGGUGGGGAAUCCGUUAUGUGGCAGAUGAUGAUCAUCUAGAGCACUCUCUCAUCCAUUCUUUGAAAGAAUUGCGGAAACAAAUUUUUUCAUGGCAGCAUCAGUGGAACACUAUAAACCCUGCUGUAUCCCUCCAGCCAUUUUUGGAUGUCAUUCGGUCUGAUGAAACUGGUGCUCCAAUUACUGGUGUUGCUUUGUCAUCUGUUUACAAAAUCUUAACCCUUGAUGUAUUUGAUCUGGAUACCGUGAAUGUGGGGAAAGCUAUGUGUCUGAUAGUUGAUGCAGUGACUAGCUGCAGGUUUGAGGUAACUGAUCCAGCAUCUGAGGAAGUGGUGCUGAUGAAGAUACUUCAGGUUCUGUUAGCUUGCAUGAAAAGUAAAGCAGCAGCUAGGUUGACUAAUCAGCAUGUUUGCAACAUAGUGAAUACUUGUUUUCGUGUAGUGCAUCAGGCAAGCUCCAAAAGUGAAUUGUUGCAACGAAUUGCACGCCACACAAUGCAUGAACUGGUUAGGUGUAUUUUUUCUCACCUCCCUGAGAUCAGCAAUUCAAAACCUGUGAUAGCUACUGGAAGUGGGUCAUCUGCUGCUGAAGUGAUUUGGCCAUCUUGUUUGUGUAGCUGCAAGGCAUCUUGGCUCAUAAAUUUCAUUUUUCUGAAAUUGUGGUCAAAUAUGGGACAUUUUAAUCCACAACCUGGAAGCAAUACAUUUCAUGGAGAGUUCAGGGAUUGUCCUGUUAAGCCUUCCAGAGGUGCAUUGGCAUGUAUGAUUAAUGCUGAAAUUGGGGCUGUUUUGGCUGUCAUGAGGAGAAAUGUAAGGUGGGGAAUCCGUUAUGUGGCAGAUGAUGAUCAUCUAGAGCACUCUCUCAUCCAUUCUUUGAAAGAAUUGCGGAAACAAAUUUUUUCAUGGCAGCAUCAGUGGAACACUAUAAACCCUGCUGUAUCCCUCCAGCCAUUUUUGGAUGUCAUUCGGUCUGAUGAAACUGGUGCUCCAAUUACUGGUGUUGCUUUGUCAUCUGUUUACAAAAUCUUAACCCUUGAUGUAUUUGAUCUGGAUACCGUGAAUGUGGGGAAAGCUAUGUGUCUGAUAGUUGAUGCAGUGACUAGCUGCAGGUUUGAGGUAACUGAUCCAGCAUCUGAGGAAGUGGUGCUGAUGAAGAUACUUCAGGUUCUGUUAGCUUGCAUGAAAAGUAAAGCAGCAGCUAGGUUGACUAAUCAGCAUGUUUGCAACAUAGUGAAUACUUGUUUUCGUGUAGUGCAUCAGGCAAGCUCCAAAAGUGAAUUGUUGCAACGAAUUGCACGCCACACAAUGCAUGAACUGGUUAGGUGUAUUUUUUCUCACCUCCCUGAGAUCAGCAAUUCAAAACCUGUGAUAGCUACUGGAAGUGGGUCAUCUGCUGCUGAAGUGGCAAGUGUACCUGACAAGGACCACACAUUUGGAAGUAUACAGCAAGAAAAUGGUCAUGUUGGUGUUGAAUAUGAUGGUCAGUCCUCCAAUGAACAUGCUUCAAGCAUUCCCAUGGGAAAUUCAACUGAUGAAAUGGAUGCAAGCAGGAUUGAGGAAACUGGCACGGUGGAGGAUGCCCAGGAUAGUGAAAAUUCAAUGACAGAGCCCUUUGGUAUCCCAUGCAUGGUGGAGAUAUUUCAUUUCCUUUGUUCUUUGUUGAAUGUCAUUGAGCACGUUGGUAUUGGUCCUAGAUCAAAUCCCAUAGCAUAUGAAGAGGAUGUUCCACUCUUUGCUCUGGGGUUGAUUAACUCAGUUAUAGAGUUGGGUGGGCCAUCAUUCAGUCAACACCCCAGGUUAUUGGCUUUGAUUCAGGAUGAAUUAUAUCGUAAUCUGAUGCAAUUUGGUUUGUCAAUGAGCCCACUGAUUCUUUCUACUGUAUGUAGCAUUGUUCUCAAUCUAUAUUAUCAUCUGUGUAAAGAACUGAAGGUACAGCUAGAAGCUUUCAUUUCUUGUGUACUUUUGAGACUUGCACAAAGCAAGCAUGGAUCUUCAUACCAACAGCAGGAGGUUGCCAUGGAAGCUCUGGUUGACCUGUGCAGGCAGCAGACAUUCAUGGCUGAGAUGUAUGCCAAUUUUGACUGUGAUAUAACCUGCAGUAAUGUAUUUGAAGACCUUGCUAAUCUGUUGUCAAAAAGUGUGUUUCCUGUUAAUGGGCCUUUGUCUGCAAUGCAUAUUCUAGCUCUUGAUGGCCUGGUAUCCAUGAUCCAAGGUAUGGCUGCAAGGAUUGGCAAUGAGUUGCCUGCUUCAGAUGAGGAUUCAGUAAACUUUGAGCGAUUUGAAGCUUUUUGGACAUUGAAAUGUGACAACUAUAAUGAUCCUAGUUGUUGGAUUCCAUUUGUUCAUCAGACGAAAUACAUCAAGAAAAAGUUGAUGGUGGGUGCUGAUCAUUUUAAUCGUGAUCCUAAGAAGGGUCUGGAAUUUCUUCAAGGAAUGCAGUUAUUGCCUGAUAAACUUGAUCCACAAAGUGUAGCAUCCUUCUUCAGGUACACAACUGGGCUGGAUAAGAAUCUUAUUGGAGAUUUUCUGGGAAAUCAUGAUGAAUUUUUUAUUCUGGUGCUUCAUGAAUUUGCUAGGACUUUUGAUUUCCGUGAGAUGAAUUUGGAUACUGCAUUGCGACUUUUCUUGGGAACUUUCAGAUUGCCUGGAGAAUCACAGAAAAUACAGAGGAUUCUUGAGGCAUUUGCUGAAAGAUAUUAUGAGCAAUCACCACAUCUAUUUUUUAACAAGGAUGCUGCUCUCUUGUUGUCUUAUUCACUUAUAAUGCUCAAUACAGAUCAACACAAUGUACAGGUAAAGAAAAAGAUGACUGAAGAAGACUUUAUCCGUAACAAUCGUCAUAUCAAUGGAGGGAAUGAUCUUCCUAGAGAGUUCCUCUCAGAGCUUUACCACUCAAUUUGUGAGAACGAAAUCCAGAUGAUCCCAGACCAAGGUUCUAGUUCUGCAGUGAUGACUUCAAGCCACUGGAUUAAUGUAAUGCACAAAUCCAAGGAAGCAACUCCUUUCAUCGUCUGUGAUUCUAGGUCUCUCCUUGACCAUGAUAUGUUUGCUAUCUUAUCUGGUCCCACAAUUGCUGCAAUAUCAGUGGUUUUUGAUCAAGUGGAGCAGGAAGAUAUUUUGCAGACUUGUGUUGAUGGAUUCUUGGCCAUUGCCAAAAUUGCUGCCCACUAUCAUUUUGAUGAUGUUUUGAAUGACUUAGUUGUGUCUCUUUGUAAAUUCACAAUCCUUUUGACUCCAUUAUCUAUUGAAGAAACUAUCCUUGCCUUUGCUUAUGAUGUCAGAGCUAGGAUGGCAACCACAGCAGUUUUCACAAUAGCAAGUGGCUAUGGUGAUUAUAUCCACUCUGGCUGGAGAAACAUAUUGGAUUGUGUCCUGAGCUUGCUCAAGCUUGGCCUUCUACCUACUGGUCUGGUUAGUGAUGCAGCUGAUGAUAGGGAGUCCUCACCUGAACUGGAGCCUGGGAAACCUGCUACAAGUUCUUUAUCAACAUUGCACACACCAUCUUUUGCUCCUCAAAGGAAAUCAUCUGGUCUGAUUGGUCGGUUCAGCCAGCUCUUAUCUUUUGAUAUGGAGGAGCCAAUGUUGCAGCCAGAUGAGGAACUGCUUGCUGCUCAGCAACGUGCUCAUGAAGUAAUACAGAGCUGUCACAUUGAUAGUAUAUUUACAGAGAGUAAGUUUCUCCAGGCUGAGUCUUUAUUGCAACUUGUGAGGGCUCUUAUCUUUGCUGCAAGCCGACUUCAGAAGGGAAAUAGCUCUAUGGAAGAUGAAGGCAGUGCAGUGUUCUGCCUGGAAUUGCUGAUUGCAGUUGCACUGAAUAACCGUGAUAGGAUUUUGCUUGUCUGGCAGGGGGUUUAUGAGCACAUAUCCAAUAUUGUUCAGUCUACUGUCCUGCCCUGUACUCUAGUAGAAAAGGCCAUUUUUGGGCUCCUUAGGAUAUGCCAGCGUCUACUUCCCUAUAAGGAAAACCUGACUGAUGAGCUCCUGAAGUCCUUGCAACUGAUAUUGAAACUUGAUGCGAGGGUUGCUGAUAUAUAUUGUGAGCCUAUAACACAAGAAGUCAUGCAUCUUGUAAAAGCAAAUGCAACCCACAUCAGAUCCCAUGUGGGUUGGCGCAUUAUCAUCUCCUUGUUAUCUAUCGCAGCUCGACACCCAGAAGCAUCUGAAGCAGGAUUUGAGACACUAUCAUUUAUCAUGUCUGAGGGGGCACAUCUUCUGCCUUCUAACUAUGUUCUUUGUGUGGAUGCAGCAAGGCAAUUUGCUGAGUCUCGAGUUGGAGAGGUUGGCAGGUCCGUUUCUGCACUAGAUAUGAUGGCAGGUUCUGUAGUUUGUCUGGUAAGAUGGUCUUGUGAGGCAAAAAAUGAUGUGGCGGAGGAAGAUGCAAUGAAAGUAAGUCAAGAUAUUGGAGAGAUGUGGAUGAGGUUGGUGCAGGGACUAAGGAAAGUAUGUUUAGACCAGAGGGAAGAAGUGAGGAACCAUGCUGUUUUAACUUUACAGAGUUGCUUGGCAGGAGUAGAUGUGAUCCAGCUUCCAAGAGCCUUGUGGUUUCAUUGUUUUGAUCAUGUAAUCUUCAGGUUGGUGGAUGAGUUGUUAGAUAUUUCACUAACAAACUCCUCAAAAGACUACCAGAAAAUGGAGGGUACACUUGUUCUAGCCAUGAAGCUUAUGUCAAAAGCUUUCUUACAAUCACUACAGGAUCUGUCUCAGCAACCAUCAUUCUGCAAAUUAUGGCUUGGGGUUCUCAAUCGAAUGGAGAGAUACAUGAAGGUAAGAUUCCGGGGAAAACGUAGCGAAAAGAUUCAUGAAUUAGUUCCAGAGCUUCUCAAAAACACCCUGUUGGUCAUGAAGACAACCGAUAUUCUAAUGCCAAGUAAUGAUGUUGGGGAUGAUAGUUUUUGGCAGCUGACCUGGUUACAUGUCAAGAAUAUAGUCCCAUUGAUGCAAUCCGAAAUAUUCCCAGAUGAUGAGUUGGAGCGAAUAGAACAUAACAAAGCUGGGGUACUUCCUGUGACUGAAGGUGCGGUGCUUGUUCCUUCUAGUGAGACAACAGCUUGAAAGAUUGCUUUUUGAAUGCAGAGCCAAUAGCUUAAUGUCGAGAUAGGUGUAAGUUAGCCUUGAUCUAUCUACUAAUAUGCCAAUAUAUAAGAACCCAUGAAUUUGAAAGUGAACCCACAAAGAAGCGUAGGGAGCAAAGUUUCAUAGGAGGAUAAAGCUUCAUUUACAGUCCCCGGCGGGAGCUAUACUGAAGGUUUGUAGAGAGUCUUUUCUUUGUCAAGGAAUCUAAUAUGGUAAAUAGGUAUUCCAGCAUGAAAAUUUUUUGUACCGAGCAUACGAGUCUCUUUAGUUUCCUAAAGCCAUUGCUUCUGUAUACUUGGUGUCAUAUACAUGCGAUCAUACAUACAGUAAUUUUAGUUCAUCUGCAAUUUUUGGAAUUUCUUGCAGAGUUUUAUAUGCAUUGUGGAGUCUGACAACUGAAAUUUUCUC